AUGGAUGUGAACGCUCUGUCUCAAAUAAUUCGACAAUUCCAGGAAUCGAAUCAACAAUUUAUUACGCAAAUUCUUGCUCAGAAUAAGGCUGUAAUGGAAGAUGUAGUUUCUAAAAACCAAACCGCACCCUCAAUACCACUAUUUGGAAAUUUUAAUACAGACUUGGACAAAUGGUCUACCUAUCAUUUUCAAAUGGAACAUUAUUUUAAAGCAAACUCCAUAUCUUGUGAUGAUACUAAACGUUCAUGUUUUCUUAGUUGGGUUGGAGCUGAUAUAUUAGAACUAUUGCAAAAAUUGUUCGAGGGAAAAGCUGAAGAGAAAUCAUACAAGGAAUUAGUAAGUGCUUUAAACGAACAUUUCCUGAAAAAGCAACAUAUCUUAGCUGCUCGAUUCAAAUUUUAUAAUCAAAUGAGAAAGAAAGCAAAUCAAAGUUAUGCUGAAUGGGUUGCCGAAUUGCGCGGAGCUGCAAGAGAAUGUAGUUUCAUAUGUAGUAACGAAAACUGCAGGGAAUCGUAUGUCGACAAUAAAAUAAGAGAUAUGCUCGUAUUAUAUACGCCCCAUGAGAAAGUUAGAUCCGCUUGCCUACAAAAGUCAAAUCCUUCAUUAGAUGAAGUGCUACAAAUUUGUUCAAUUUUCGAAGCAACUGUAAAUGCAUCCAAUGAAAUAGAAUGUAACACAGAAUUAACAACUGACGUUAAUGCUAUUCUCCUGUCCAGGUUGUGGCAAAUUUCAUGUUUUCACUUCAAGAAUAAAACCAAAUGUAAUAAGUGUCAUAAAUUGGGACAUAUAGCGAAAGUAUGUCAAUCACAAGCAAACACCUCACAAAAGGAAUGUUUUCCUGAUCAGAGUAAUACUCGUCAAAAUGUUCGUCAAGUUCUGGAGACUUCGUUUGAAGAAAAUUCGAUCAGUCAAAUAGAAGAAAUCGAGACUUCAAGUGUAAACAGUGUACUGGAGCUUCAUGCUCCCUUAUUGGAUUAG